GCUGGGCAGGGCUGCGCUGACCCCUCCCCAGCCGGGGCGGGACCCCAGGAGCAGCGAGGGAGCCAAGCCCCGAAGAGGACCAGACACGGGAGAGGCGAGAUGGCGGGAACCGGUCUCGGGGCCCGCUUGUACCGGCAGAUCAAGAGGCACCCCGCGCUCAUCCCGAUGAUCGGCUUCAUCGGCCUGGGCAUGGGCAGCGCUGCGCUCUACCUGCUGCGGCUCGCCCUGCGCAGCCCCGACGUCUGCUGGGACCGAAAGAACAACCCAGAGCCCUGGAACCGCCUGAGCCCCAACGACCAAUACAAGUUCCUUGCAGUUUCCACGGAUUAUAAGAAGCUGAAGAAGGACCGGCCAGACUUCUGAGCCUGGCUGGGUCGGGUGGAUGUCCUACACCGACGUCAGCCAGCCUCCUCCUUCCCGCCACUCAGCCCCCAGCCUCCAGGGCGCACGCUCCCCGCCUGGUCCAGCUCCUGAGUACACAGGCCAGGUUCCCACGCCUGCGGGGAGGCGGCUCCACCCCCACCCUCUUCCCUUGCUCCCUGCAGCGGAAGCACCCCUGACCCUCGGCUUGAGUCCCACGCAGGGGGGUGGGGGUGGAGGGUUAGGAGGUGGGGCCCCAGUGGGUUGACGCAAAAGGCCCGAGGGGGCCCCUCUGCUAGGCUACAGGAGCCUCAUAGGGUGUGGCGCAGGCUACGUGAGGAGCGUGGCAGACGUGAGCCAAGAGCAAGCAGGGGCCUCUGAGUGCCAGGCGACGUGGCAGGCCCCACGUCUGCCCAGGCUCUGGGCUCCCUCCCAGGGAGGCGCUGCUCUAGCUCAUUGCCUGCGGCCCAGCCUGCUCCGGAGGAGGCACCGCUAAGCCCAGGGAGGGGCGGUGGAGCCAACCCGCACCCCCUCCAGCCUCGCACCUGGGCCUCCCCCUGCCAUCCCACCCCUCCUCGCUCCCCUCUGUCCCCUGGGAUCAAACAGAAGCAGCCAUGGGCAAAAUACAAUUUCAUUUAACAAAUUGAA